AUGAGUAUUCGAGGGGCAGCUAACCCAUCCAUAUACCUCUACGGGCCCGGCAAGGCCAAGAUCGUGGACCACCCGACUCCGACUCUAGACGCACCGGAAGAUGCCGGCCGCAUCAUCGUCCGCGUCGCCUUCGUCGGCGUCUGCGGCAGUGACGUCCACUUCUGGAACCACGGUGGGAUCAACGGCAAGAAUGUGUCGGAGUCGCAACCUCUCAUCAUGGGACACGAGGCGUCGGGCACGGUGCAUGCCGUUGGCUCUGCUGUGCAGGAUCUGAAGGUGGGCGAUGAGGUUGCGAUUGAACCGAGUGACCCCUGCCGCUCCUGCCCCCACUGCAAGCGCGGAGCGUACCACCUCUGUCCGCACAUGAAGUUCGGCGCCUGCCCGCCCGACACCCCCGGCUGUCUCACCCACUUCUACAAGAUGCCCGCCGACUUCGCCUACCCGCUGCCGCCCUCUAUCUCGCUGCGCGAGGGCGCCCUCACAGAACCGCUGGCCGUCGGCGCACACGCGGUGCGUGGCGUGAACGUCCGGCCGGGCCAGAGCGUGGUGGUCAUGGGCGCGGGCACGGUGGGCGUGUGCGCCGCGGUGGUGGCGCGCUGGUUCGGCGCCACGAACGUCGUGUGCAUGGAUCUGCAGGCGGGGAAGCUGGAGGGCGCGAGGGCGGUGCUUGGUGGUGCGGACGGGUUUGAGACGCUCAUGCCACGGCAAGGCGAGGCGCCGAUGGAGCUGGCGGCGAGGAUCGUGCGGGAGUGCGGGCUGGGCGAGGGCGCGGACGCCGUGGUCGAGGCGACGGGCGCCGAGAGCUGUGUGCAGACGGGAGUGUAUGUGUUGAGGAAGGGGGGUCAGUAUAUCCAGACGGGGCUGGGCAAGGUCAUGAUCCAGUUCCCGAUCGUGGAUGUCAGCGAGAAGGAGUUGCACUUUCACGGCGCUUUCAGGUAUGGUCCCGAGGACUUUGCUGUGGCGUUGGAUGUGUUGCGGAGUGGGAGGUGGGAGGUGGCGAAAUUGAUCACCAAGGUUUGGGAGUUUGAGAACACGACCGAGGCAUGGGAGGCGACCAAACGAGGAGAAGGGGUGAAGAAUAUGAUCCGCGUUGGUGGUAAAGAAGAAGCCGGAGUGGGUACGAAUGGUGUUGCUCGUAGUACUUGA